AUCUUCUGUAAGUGGUUAUCGUUCUCCAUGGGAUGCGCUUUACCCUCCCCCUCCUAAUUUCCCCGCCACUUUCCACUCUCACUCCACUCUUUUCCUUUCUCUCCUUUUAAUCUCUUCAGUUCGUUAUUGACCGUUAAAAAAAGUCACCCAUUUCAGGUUGCAUCUAUAGUUUCUUUAGUCUUUUGGAGGAAAUAUGUCUGAAGGAACAAGUCUAGUGAUGGAAUCUUCUGAGAAUGGCACGGAUUUAUCCCAAGAUGAUGUUGGCACAACAGGGGAAACUCCCGAAGACUCGAUUUUGUCACGACAGACAUCGGUGAACCUCGUUCCGUUUAUUGGCCAGAGGUUUGUGUCUCAAGAAGCAGCAUAUGAAUUCUAUUGCAGCUUCGCGAAGCAAUGUGGAUUUUCUAUCAGACGUCACCGCACUCGAGGCAAGGAUGGGGUCGGCCGGGGAAUAACAAGAAGGGAUUUCACUUGCCACCGUGCUGGAUAUCCACAGAUGAAGCCAUCUGAAGAUGGGAAGACGCAGAGGAACCGAAAAUCCUCGAGGUGUGGUUGUCAGGCUUAUAUGCGGAUCGUUAAGCGAGCAGACUUUGAUCAUGUCCCUGAAUGGCGUGUCACGGGCUUUAGCAACAUCCAUAACCACGAAUUGCUGAAAUCGAAUGAAGUUAGUCUUCUUCCGGCCUAUUGUGUCAUAUCUCCCGAUGACAAGAGCCGGAUUUGCAUGUUUGCAAAAGCCGGAAUGUCUGUGAGACAAAUGAUGAGAUUGAUGGAGCUAGAGAAAGGUGUUAAGCUUGGUUGCUUACCCUUUACCGAAAUAGAUGUGAGAAACCUAUUGCAGUCUUUUAGAAAUGUUGACAGAGACAGUGAUGCUAUUGAUCUUAUUGCAAUGUGCAAGAAACUGAAAGAUGAGAACCCCAACUUCAAAUAUGACUUCAAGAUAGAUGGCAACAACAGGUUGGAGCACAUUGCCUGGUCUUAUGCUUCAUCUGUUCAGUUGUAUGAGACGUUCGGAGACGCUGUAGUUUUCGACACGACUCACCGGUUGGAGGCGUAUGAUAUGUUGUUGGGAAUUUGGCUUGGAGUAGACAAUCAUGGAAUGACUUGUUUCUUUGGUUGUGUGCUUCUAAGGGAUGAGAAUAUGCAAUCUUUUUCCUGGGCCUUGAAGACAUUUUUGGCGUUCAUGAAAGGAAAGGCUCCGCAGACGUUAUUAACGGACCACAACACAUGGCUGAAAGAGGCCAUUGUUAAUGAAAUGCCUCAAACGAAGCAUGCAUUUUGCAUAUGGCACAUCAUAGCAAAGUUCUCUAACUGGUUUUCUGUGCUGCUCGGAUCGCAUUAUGAUGAGUGGAAAGCGGAGUUUCAUCGGCUUUACAACUUAGAUUUGGUAGAAGAUUUCGAAGAAGGAUGGAGAGACAUGAUCAACAAAUAUGGACUCCACGCAAAUAGGCACAUUAUCAGCUUAUAUGCACUUCGUACGUUUUGGGCUUUAGCCUUCUUGAGGCACUUUUUCUUCGCAGGAAUGAUGCAUACAUCUCAGGCAGAGUCGAUCAACACCUUUAUCCAACGAUUUUUGAGCGCACAGUCACAGCUAGACCGUUUCAUAGAUCAUUUAGCUGAUGUUGUUGAGUUUAAAGACCGGGCAGGAGCAAAGCAAAAAUUGCAGCAGAAACUGCAGAAGGUCUGCCUCAAAACAGGCUCACCGAUCGAAUCACACGCCGCGUCUGUUCUCACUCCUUAUGCCUUUGGCAAGCUCCAAGAGGAGCUUGUGCUGGCGCCUCAGUAUGCAUCCGUGUUGUUAGAUGAAGGUUGUUUCCAAGUCAGAUACCACACACAAAUGAAUGGUGGCUGCAAAGUGAUCUGGCUUCCUUGUCAAGAGCACAUCAGUUGUAGCUGCCACCAGUUUGAGUUCUCAGGCAUCCUAUGUAGGCAUGUUCUCCGUGUCCUCUCAACCAAUAACUGCUUCCACAUCCCAGACCAGUACCUACCAACCCGUUGGCGCGAUGUCAGCUCAUCAACUUCCACCUACUCCUUUCAAAAUACGGCCAUAAGAGAUCACUCCGGAAAGGUUCAGUUCCUAGAGUCCAUGGCUUCCACUCUUGUCACAGAAUCAAUUGAGACAGAGGAGCGCCUGGACGCAGCCUGUGAGCAAAUCUCCAUGGUGUUAUCGAGGAUCAAAGACCUUCCUCGCGCAAUGCAUAGCGCGAACGACGCCUACAAUUGUCCCUCAGAUUCGUUGAUUCUUCAGGAAGUGGAAGACGAAGAUGGAAUUGUUCGGUUCGCAAUUGGGAAUGCUCACGAAUCUGUCUCCUCAGGAAAGCUCAAGGAAAGAAGAGCAAGAGAUGGGGUUGACAUUGCUAGAAAGAGAAGGCAUUUUUCGGGGACUUGUUGUGGACAGUUUGGGCAUGAUGCAUCUGAGUGUCAUCUAAUGGGAGGUGAUCAUUUGAAUGGAGAUGCACUUGGGUACUUGUAGGGUUAUAGCACUGAAAAUGGAAGCAAGUCUAUAAACGAAUAGUGACAACCUUAUGUGGUAGAGCUUUUUCCCUUAUAAGUCAAUAAUUAUAUAUAUAUAUAUAUAUAUAUAUAUUUAUCAACGUGAGGAUUUGAGCUCAAUUCUACGUAUUACGUACACUCAGAUACCACCACAUAAUUCAAGU